AUGAGUAACCCAAACGACCACCAGAAACUCUUUAUUCAAUCCCUUGCUAAAAGGAUUGAAUCCCUUCUACCUAAUAGAACCGGGCAUCUGACUCAAGAGGUUGAAUUAAACAGCCAAUUCAUUGUCACACGCAAGAUCCUUCUAGAUAAGUACAAACGAUAUCCUCAUAUUAUAACGUUCAUAUUCACCAGUUUCGCCACAGUAUUGGAAAACAUCAAUGAAGAAAGUCAACAUACCAAGCUAAGAUUCAGAGACGACAAGAGUAGAGGAAGUACCUUACUUGUUUGCAAAUUGCUCCUGGAAAUCUUGCAAACCAAGUGGAACCGUCGUGGUGUCAUCGAUGAUAAGGAUUCUUUAAGCAAUUAUUCUAGAUUUUACUACUAUGACGAACCCAAAGCAUUAGAUAAAGACAUAAUAACCCUUUUGCUUGAUACGUUUUCCAACUUACUUAGUUCUGGCGUGGUUAAAAAGGUGCUUCUGUUGGUUAGAAAUGAACAAUCAAUGGCCAGUAUGGCCACAGCCAAAGACGAACAAGAUAUUCAACGAGAAGACCAACCAAUGACUGAUGAAGAAUUGAUAGCUUCUUCAAUUGUAGAUAUUGACUCAUAUAUUGAAACCAUAUUACGAUAUAUCUCAACCGCUAAUCCUGAUGAUUAUUAUGAUUAUAUUUACGACAAAUUGUUCCGAUACUCACGCAAUGAUGAAAUUAUCCCCUUGCCCAUAUUACAGAAAUAUUCCCCACUAAUUAAAUUUAUGUUUUUCAGCCAAGAAAAUUCGGAACGAAUAACCGAAGAUGUUAUAAAUGCCAUACCUUUCAUAAAAUCAAAUACCUGGAGACAGGUUUUCCUAUUCUUUUUGUCGUACAGUGUCAAGGAUCAAACUUUCUCAAGAACCAAAGAUUAUGAAGGUAUAGUGGAUCCGAAAAAUACCAGGUAUGCCAACAAUCUCAAAUCUUUAUUUGAUACUGCCGGAACUGCAUUUGAUGAUUCAAUUACUUCUGUUACAUGUGCAUCAUUUGUGCUUACUUGGUUUUUGGUAUUGUGUCUUGAUGAUUUUGUCGAGAUAAACACAGGAAGACCAAUCAAUAAGUUGAAAUUAACAUUUAAUAAGCGGGUGAGAUAUCUCAUGUCUAUAUUACGAGACUCAGCAAAUUGCACAAACUUAGAAAGUUUUGAUGCCUUGAUUAGCAUUUUCCAUUUAGGAACAAGAUUGAAUGCACACAAUAUAACCAAUCAUCCAGUUUUAAUAUUCAGCAACAAAUUCCUCGAUCAAACUUAUAGAAAUUUACUUAAAUUUGGGGACAAUCACCGUGAUGAUUUAAUUACUGAUGAUGAACUAUUAGUCAAGUUUGAAUAUUUAACGGUCAACUUCUACAUUGCUGCCAUAAUACUUCGUCCUGAAAGAUACACCAAAAUUAUUAUUCAAAACUUUAAUUCAAACCAAGAAGAAUUACGGGAAGCUAAAAUAUUGGUUAAAAUCAUAAAGGGAUUAUCAGAAAUUGAAACUGCACAAGAGAUUUUCUACAACUUAAUUAAUCAAAUGCUUAAUCAAUUGGUAUCAUUAAUGUAUGGAUCACUUAAAAUGAUGCAUCAAUACGAUUUAACUCAUCCUCAGCAUCAACAACAUUGUUCUUAUCCAACUCCAGUUACUGAUCAAAGUUUAUUCUCAGACGUAGCGUCAAUAGAAUGUGGACAAUCGCUACAAAAAAUCACAAACCAUACAUUUUCAACUAGGAAGACUAAUCUUGAUCAUUAUGUUCACGAAGUACUUGUGGAACAUUCAACAAGUAACGAAUCAUCGGCAUCAUCCACCACAAAUACAAACACAACAGCUAGCAAAUCAAUUAAACUUGCCCACAGCACUAGUUCAAUGUCAACCCAUUCAGCUUAUAAAUUUAGAUUAGUUGUUGGUGCUGAAGAAUUAUUAUCUGACAUUUUUAGGAUAUUUUGUGCAGCUCCUGAAUUAUAUUUUAACGAUAUGGUACUAAUGGAUGAUAAGAACUUGGAAAUUCGUGAUUACGAUCAAUUAAUUAAGGAAAUUAUGGAAUUUUGUUAUCAAAUGGAAAUUCCAUUACGUUAUGCAUUCAGAGGAAAAUGUUAUAUCCAGGGAAAUACCAGAUUAUUUGAUUCAGCCCGAGAAUUGAGUUUAAAAUUGGUAUCCAAAAACACCAAAAUUGAAUCUAAUUAUACCACAUUAUCCGCGUUUGCCAACUUUUUCAUUGUUAAUUGUAUUGUUCAAUCGAUCUGUGAAACAUGUUUAAGUUUAUCACUUACUGAUCCUAAAUUCAAGGCAUGCUUCUUGUUUCUUAAUGAUGUUCUUAUUCAACGAAAUCAAUUUACUUAUAUUCUUGCCUCAAAUAAAGUGAUUAAUGACCAAGCCAGGAAAGAGCUGUUUCUGUCAUUUGGUGAAGUUAUCCAUGCAGUGGAGAAGGUUUUAUUACUCAGUGUUUGUACUCAUGAUAUUCAAUUUUAUAAUUACGCAAAAGAAGGAAUGAAAUGGUACAUUAACGAGAUGACAAUUCACCACCAAUUAUAUAGGAAUAUUGGUGUUGAUGAGAAUUUAUUGGAAACAUUUGUCAAUCUUUCGCAAGAUGUUUCCGUAUUCACCGGGUUUAUAUCGUUGCAUAAACGUCAUCGCACCAUACUUCGUGAGGCAAAGCCGACCAAAUCAUUAUUUCAGGUUUGGGUAUUAAUUUAUUAUAGAUGGUUGAUGAUUCUUGAGAACAAGCCAAGUAUUAUCAAUGAAGAAAAUUUAAUUUUUAGACAUUUUACAGGAUUCCUCGUUUCUACUUCAGGAUGUUUUAUGAGUAAUGCAGGAUUCAAGGAUAAAGAAAUUGCUGAAAAAUCACCAGCAUACAUGUCGGAAUUCUUUGAUAAAUGUGUGGGUUUAUUGAAUUCGCUGGAUUUAGUGGUGCGAGUAAUUAUUAAGGAUACUUUAUCUAAUGAAUCACAUUCUGAUGUUUACCAUUUGAUUGCAACUAAGCUUAUGACUAUGGCUAAUAAUUAUGCCGAAAGACAACAGGUUACUGAUGAAGGUGUUGUAUUUGUUGAACAAGCAAUGGUUAUAAUGUCACUGAUGGUCCAGGUACGUAAUGACGGAACAUUACUUUUAUCAGCCUUGUUACCUAAUAUUUGUGAAUUUUUUAUUAGGUUUGUGAACAAAGUCGAUAACUUAACUGACAAAUUACGGUUAAAGCUUAGAUUUUGUAAAUUGGGAACCACAUUGGAACAGGAUAGAACAAGCACUGGACUCAAUGGUGCUUAUAAACUUCGAAACUUUUAUGCGAAAGCAUCAUGUGAAUGGCUUGAAGAUGCCGUGUUUUACGAUGAAAAGCGCGAUGUUGAACAUGAUAGUGAUUCAGUCGUGGUCAAGGAAUCCGAAAUUGCUUAUUUGAAUAUGGAUUUAGCAGUGCAAAGUUCAAGGUGCUUACGUGGUCAGCUUGAAAAUUUAGUAUUGGAAAUACCCGAAGGAAUAAGAGACAGUGAUAUAAACAAGUACAAGGAUUUGGCAUUUGGAAAUUACUUUUCAUUAUUUUACAAGAUUAUUCAAAAGUAUUCCAAAAUGAAUUUGUCAGCGAACAAAUCCAAGCACAAAUUGAACCAGAUCAGUGAAAAUAUUUUAGCUUGUAUUACAAACCUUCUUCAAUAUGAUUCUGAUAUUGGAAUGCAAUUUGUUUUACCUAUGGGCUAUCAUGAAACUGCCAAAGUCAGAGCAAUUUUCUUGAAUGUAUUUGCUAAUAUGUUAUCAAGUAAAACCAUGCGUGGAACUAGACAAGAAUAUCCUGAUGAAAUAAUUGAGGAAUUAACCAGUCAAACAGAAAUAUUUGGAGCCAUUGCUGAAAGUGCUUCAAGUUUAGAACAUAAUUUACUUGCAAGUUCAUUAUUUGGAAUUUUCUGCUAUAGCGGAAGAUUAGAUGAGUUAUUUAACGUUUUAUUGGUUGAUGAGAUUUCCCACUUGACUAGAAGUACUGAUUUAUUCAGACGUAAUUCUACAUUGACUAGAUUGCUUUUCAAUUUCACUCAAGAUUAUGGAAUGGAUUAUUUGAAUGCAACAUUAAGACCGAUUAUUGAGGAACUUGUGGAUAACCAAGUUAUAUUUGAGGUUGAAAAAUCAGAAACCAUUAAUCCUGAUUUGUUUUUCCAAUAUUUCAACAAACUUGUUGACCUGAUUGUUAGUUCUGAAGACCAAUUACCUGCUAGUUUUAAAUUUGUAUGUGGAGAAAUUGCUUGUGCUGUGGGUGAAAAAUUUAAAGAUGCUUCAAUUAUCGCCGUCGGUAGCUUUAUGUUUUUAAGAUACUUGUGCCCAGCAAUUAUCUCCCCAGAGCAAUUCUUUAAAAUUCCAAUCAAUCAUGUCAAAGUUAAGAGAAGUCUUAUGCAAUUGGUUAAAGUAUUACAAAAUAUGGCCAAUGGAACAAUUUCACUGAUUAAGUGGCCAGCAUUAACGGCAAGAAUGGAUGAACUAUUAACCAUAAACACAAAAAUCUAUGACUUUUUAUCAAGAGUAAGCAGUGUAAGUACUUCAGAAUAUCCAUUCCAACGUCUGAUGGAAAGGCCAGUGGCUGAAUUAAGAUAUUUGCAUAAAUUCAUCUAUUGUUAUUUUGUUCAAAUCAGGAUCCAGUUCAUUUUAGCUAAAAGUUCAUUCAUGGUCAAAACAUUACAUGAUAGAGCGGAAAAAUUCAAAGCCUUUGAUAAAACGUGUAUGAAAUUAGGUCAACCUAAACCAAGUGUUAAACUUCAAAUCAAUUCAACUCUUAAAAUGUUAGAUCCAAACACUGCCAAUGGGGAAAGUAGUAUUAAAUUUAAUGAUUUCAUGACAAAAAUGAGUUUGAAGUAUGCUGAAGUUGGUGAUACUUCGGGUGAUGUAAUCCAUUCAUCAAUUUUCAAAGAUGGUACACCAGUAGUUGUGGUUAAUUUCAAGAAGAUGAAACAUAGGCCUGACGAUACGGAUUAUUUAGUUUACAAGUUAUUUGAGACAGCCAGUCAAGUUUGGGAUAACCGAUUUUAUAUGGUUAUUGAUUUCACUGAAUUUAAUUUGAACCACAUGACCCAAGAGUGGGCUGGAGGAGAAGGCUAUGUGAAACUUGUUAACAAUUUCCUGACAGAUCAAUUUUUCAAGAAUUGUGCUCGUGUUUAUUACUAUAACAUUCCUCGUACUGGGUUUGCUACCAUUACUGAUGUGAUUAUGAGGUCAAGAGCUAGAAGUUUAGAAUAUGGUACUAAAUUAUACACAUAUUCACAAGUUGACAGUGAUGAAAUUAUCAACAGAUUGUGCUUGGAUCGAGAAACAAUGGCAAUAUCUAAGGAUAACAAGGUCAAGUUUAAGAAUGUCCAAGUUUAUGAUCCAAGAAACAAUAAGUUUGUUGGAGCCACAAUUAAGAUAGGUAGAAAAUUCCUUCAAAUUUGUUUUGAUGACCGAGUUUUAUUCCUGGGUGAUGAUAUAGUAACUAAAGGUUUUACUCCAGUCGAAAUUUAUAGAUUACUGGAUUUUGUUAAAUGUGAAGUUAGCAGAAUUACUGAACAUGAUGAUGAAUUUACCAUAUACUUGAGUUUAGGAACCACCGUUACAUUUAGAUCAGCAGAUAGGCUUGAGAUUUUAAGAUUCUUGUAUUAUACAACUUCAAGAUUACCAGCCGAAACUAAGUAUAUCGACCCAGAUAAAGAUUAUCAAAAUGAACGUCAUACAAUGCAUUGGUUUGGCAGAUUAUAUAAUAUUGUAUUCCAAGGGUUGUUAACUAAUGAUGAUGAAGUUAAAUCUGCAGCUGCGUUAUUAUUUGGAUCUUUAUCCUCCUAUUUUGAUAUUGAUUUUGGUAUUAAAGAGAAUCACGCUAAAAGCGUUAGUUUCCCAGCAAAUACAGCUGAUUUUGUUGUGUCAGUAAGUGACCACCUUGCAAGUUCGCUUUCACAUAUGACAUAUCGAUUCUUCAAAUCGUUCUUUGAUAAUUAUGACAAGAUCCCUCCUGCCAAUAGAUUGACAAGUAUAUUGUAUAUUUCACCUUGGAUUGAAAAUGUUUAUGAUUAUGUUUAUUUACUGACGGAUGAAAAUGGACCUGAAAGAGUUGCGGAUUUGAUUCGUCAAUUUUGUCGACUUUCAGCCAUGAAUAAAGAUCACAUUGCCAUUAUUAUUGAUUAUAUUUGGAAGAAACUAUUCCUGGAAACAAGAUUAAUCCUGGUUUUGGUUGAUGAAGUUGUUGCAUUUGCUAUAGAUAACAAGAAUGAAGGUCCACAGUGGACAUUUAUUAUUGCUAUCAUUAUCCCACUGAUUGAAGUUUGUGGAGAGGUUAUUAACAGGUUGAUCAGUUGUAUUAAUCGCGCAAGAACUAACGAUUCGGCAAUUGUGAGUCAAUCGAAGAUAUUUGAAAUUAAGGUAUUGAUCAAGAUUUGCAGUUCCUUAUUUUUCAAUUCAUACACACUUGCCCGAUUAUAUUUGGCAGAUUUGGUCUUUUUCGUAUCAUUAUUUAUUGAUAAUUCGAAUUUGGAUAUUGGUAGUGAUUUACAAAAAUUGAUUAUUGGUUUGAUUCAGUCGUUUUUACAUAAGCCGGAUUUAACAGAAGCUGAACAGAAGCUCGUGGAUGACACAAUUGAAUAUUUCAGUACUUUGCGUGCCAAGAUGUUAUUUGGAAUGACCAGAGAUUCAAAUUCAAGUUUAGAUAUUAGUCAAAGUUUUAACAGAAUUACCAAUUUUGAAGUAUUAUGUGACUAUUUAAAUGAAUUUAUUAGUGCUAUAAGUUCAACCGACGAUAAGACCAAUUGGAAAAGUCGUUGGUGUUCAAAUGCUAUUGAUGUUGCAUUUAGCAAAGAUUCAUUGUUUCAAGAUCGGGCAAUUUUAAUCGUGGGGAUCCUUUCUAAGUCUGGUAUUAGUGAUUCAACUGCAUGUCGUACGAUUAAAUUGGUUGCAAAUGGAGAAUUACCUAAUUUAGAUUUUGUUAUUUGCAUAUCUGUGGCCACUAGUCGAAUUUUAAUGGGUUUACCAGAUACAUCAAUAUUGCCGCCAAUUCUUAUUUGGCCCCAAUUUUGUUUCGGAUUACUAAAUUAUACGGUGUUGUAUCAAGCAUCAAUUCAAAAUAUUACCACAUCAGUUCUCAAAAUGAUUAGAGUUGGACCUGAUUAUAUUCAACAUUCAUACCAGCAGAGACAAUUACUUGAACCCCAUUUGAGUGAAUUUGAAAAGAGACAUGGGUUCCAUAUCACACCGACAAACUUUGGUGCUCAUAUAUUCUUUGUAUUGACACAAGGGUUAAGAUUCUCACAAUUCAAAUCAUUGAGUUUAUCAUGCAUUAAAGAGUACUUUACAACUAGAUACCAAUACCGCGAUAGGACAGUGAUGGAUGGCGCAUUCAUUUCCAAUAAUGCUUAUCCAUAUCUUGUUUUCACAUACUUGUGUAGUGAACAAGCUGAGUUUGAAAAAUAUGUUGAAGAGAUUGAGUUGGCCACAGACUAUGUUCAAAUUGGAUCAUGUCGAAUCCCCAAGGUUAUUAUUGAUUUCUUGAGUCAAGGAACAGAGGCAAGUAAAGUUACAUUAAUCCAUGCCGGUUUUUUCUUUAAUGAUAUCAAAAUAAUUGAUGGCGAGUUUAAAUCCAAGUUUUUAAUCUUGUACCAUCAUUUAUUUGAAUUGAAUCGCGAAAAUGGAUUUUUGAUUUAUGAUAUUCUUAAGCCAGCAUUGAAUAAUGAUUUGGUCACCACAACGAGUAUAGAUGUCGUUGAUUCAAUUUCUAAUAUUAUUACCGAAGUGUCAAUGUGUGACGAUUAUGUUCCUGAAAAAUACACCAAGGAGGUUGAGGAAAUAUUAGUUCGUAAUAAAAUUGAAGCAUUGAGAAGCUCGAGAGCUAUGAAGAAUGCCGAUGAUAUCGUUAACAAUAGUAAACCUGGAUUCAGACUUGAUUUCUUCACUGAUAUUAAGAUCAUUCAAACUAUGCUUUACAGAUCAGCUUGCGUAUACGUUGAAGGAUUGAAGUUAGAAGAUUAG